CAGACUCCCCGUGACACUCGCGCCGGGCCGGAUGAUUGGCUGCGCUCGGGCGCGAAACGUAGCGCGGGAAAACCUGGGGCUCGGCCCGGGCGGCGAGCGCGGAGGUACCGCGGCGGCGGCGGCGGCUCCUGCUCGGGUAUCGCCGGGACCGGGGCUACUAGCGGGGCCGGCUUCGCUUCGGAAAGGUGCGGGGACUCUGUGACUGCUUCGCUCCAACUGCUGCCAUGGCGGGGGGCCGCCGCUGACUUGGCGGAUCAGCUCGGGGUGGCCGCGGAGGCGGAGGGCAAGGCACCGAGACCACAGGGAGCCGCCGUCCUCAGUGAUGAGCGGCUGAGGCGGGCCCGGACGGCGACAGGUGGCGACGGCCGCGGGACAUCCGUGCAGCUGCACGGUCCAUCCCGCGACACGGGCGCGGACACCGGGGCCGUGCCGCCGCGGAGCGCCCUCCUUUUUCUCUCUCUCUCCGCACUCCCUUCGCCGCUCUCCGCGAGGGGUCGGCGAUGGCGGAGCGGCUCCAGCCGGGCCCCCCCCCGGUGAUUUUUUGCCAGGACUCCCCGAAGCGCGUCCUGGUCUCCGUUAUCAAAAUCACCCCGAUCAAACCCUCCUCGGGGGGGGGCGGGGGCGAGGAGCCGAUGCCCGUCCCGCCCGUCCCCACCAGCCCCGGCUUCAGCGACUUCAUGGUCUACCCGUGGCGCUGGGGCGAGAACGCGCACAACGUGACCCUCAGCCCCGGCGGCGGCGACAGCACCGCCGGCCCCUCAGCCCUCCCACCGCCCCGCGGGGGAGCGGGCAGAGUCCCCGCCGGGGACGAGGAGCAGGCGGGGAGCCCGGGGAGCGGCGGCCGGCACCGGCACCUGAAGGAUGGAAUAAGACGUGGCCGUCCAAGAGCAGACACCGUCCGAGACCUGAUCAGUGAAGGAGAGCACUCUUCCAGCAGGAUACGCUGCAAUAUUUGCAACAGGGUUUUUCCACGAGAGAAGUCACUGCAAGCCCAUAAACGAACUCACACCGGUGAAAGGCCUUAUUUAUGUGACUACCCAGAUUGUGGGAAAGCCUUUGUACAGAGUGGGCAGCUCAAAACUCACCAGCGACUCCACACAGGAGAGAAACCUUUUGUCUGCUCAGAGAAUGGCUGUUUAAGCAGGUUCACACAUGCAAACCGUCAUUGUCCCAAACAUCCAUACGCCCGACUGAAGAGGGAGGAGCUCACGGACAGGCUGAGUAAGAAGCAGACGGCUGACAAUAAAGCUGUGGCUGAGUGGCUAGCAAAAUACUGGGAGACUAGAGAGCAGCGUGCCCCUGCUUUGAAGACCAAAGCAAUCCAGAAAACGGAUCAGGAACAGCAGGACCCAAUGGAGUAUCUUCAGUCUGAUGAGGAGGAUGAUGAAGAGAAAAACAGCGCUCAUUCAGCUGCCCGCCACCGCCGCCUCCAGGAGCAGCGUGAACGCAUGCAUGGUGCACUGGCACUCAUUGAGCUGGCAAACUUAGCUGUGGCACCCCUGCGACAGUAGAUAGGAGGAGCAGUCUCUGCCCAUAAAAAAUGUACUUUCUGGUAUUACUUAACCAGUUAGAUCCCAAGCAUAAGCUAAGCACCUUAUUUGCUUAUAAUAGGCUGCUAUUCUGUAGAAUUUAUGAAGAAUGUUGUUGCCCCAUAACAUGGGGUGAGAGAAUUGCACUUUUGAUAAGGUAGAAGACAGAUGUAAAAUUUCUAAGUAUUUUGUAAAUAUGGGACUGCGUAAGGCAGGGUUGACAAAUUUAUGUGUCGUGGGAAGCUAGAUUUUGCAAGGUUAACUCAUUUAUUUGAAGCAGAUUUCACAGGAAACACUUUCUGAGCAAAGUGUUCACGAUUAGCAGGAUGGUACAUGUGGCCAAAGAAGGCUGACAAAAAAGUAUUUAUCUGACUAUUUAAGCAAAGUGAUGGGUCUGGGGAUAUUGUUAAACAGCAAUGAAACCAUGUUUUUCUAAUGUCGGUAUAUCUUUACCUAGCAUCUCCAAGGUGAAGGGCAAAGGUUAGUUAUCUCAACUUGUACAGGGAAAGAAAAUGCUUCAUGCAGGGAAUAUCUUCACUGUGACUGCUCAAGGUAUGAGGCUUGACUUUGCUGCUUCAUGUUUUUUUGAUUUGAUUUCAGCAGAAUCUCUUGGUAGCACUUGUUACUCCUAACAUGUGUAGUUGGGAAGUUUUGCACAUUGUUUUAUCUGAAAAUGAUUAGUCUUGCAAAGUCUAGAAAAAGGUAAACAAUUGGUAAUAUUUUUUCAGGUGUUUUUGGACCCUGUAGUGAUUUGGCACUUGAUUUUGUUAACAAAGGGGUUAUUUACAGGGUGGUAUGAAUUUGUAGUAAACUAUGCUAGGUCUUCUAUUAGCAAACACUAAGUUUUAAAGUAUUGCUUUUAUAUAAUGAUUAGCAAAUAGAAGCCUCCAUACUUACCGUGCAUAAAGCCACCUUACUGCUUUACUCCAGGAUAACAUGCCGAUUUUUUGUUCACUAACCAUAGCACAGCUAUAAAUUAAACACUGCAGAAAAGUAUUCACUAUACAAUUAGAAAAUAGGCUUCCAAAGGUAGUUACAAGUGUGUUAACAGUGUGAUUUUAUAUAUUUCCCAAAUAAAUGAAGUUACAGAACGCUGCCUAGUAUUCAGAUGCUGAUAUAAAAUGUUUAACAGGGUAUCUUGUCACUUUGUGAAUGUUGUAUACUUUCAGUAGCAUUGCCUCAUGGUGAUCUUUUUCCAUAUUUUGCUUUGAAGGCAGCCAGAGAUUCCUAAUAUGCUAACAAAACUUUGUUUUCAGAUUGGACUUUUUGUGUGUGGUUUUGUUGUUGGUUUUGUUGUUGGUGGUUGUUGUUGUUAAGCUACUGCUUAAGGGGAUAUUAAUAAUGUGUAUUUACUGACCUGCUUGCUUUAACUUCUUCCUCUCAUUGGAAGUCAGGAAAUUCAGAUGAGAAGGGAAGCCUCUUUCCCUCUCACUUAAACUGAAAAGGAGGAAAAUGUUUUAUUGAUCAGUUGAUAUAGGCUGACCAGAUGCCUACAGCUGUUCCAGAAAAGUAGCAUGGUUUUACAUCAGAAACUGCAGCUGUUGAAGUAUGUUCUCUGAUAACCUGUUGUGGUUGAAAAUCUCAUUAACCCAGUUUGUUUAAAUCUUGUGUUGAUGCACUUAACUAAAAAGUAAUUGAAUAAUUAAAAAAAAAAGUCUCUUUCAUUGAAUGUAAAUAAUUUUGCACCAGUGAUACGGUUUAACUUCUGCUUCAGCUUCUGAAAAAAACAGGAAACACUAGUCAUACUAGGCUUCUUAGCCUAUGUAAAACUGGUAAUUCAUUCAGGUAUGUAGGUAUUGGGUUUCUAAAAAAAAUUACAUGCUUUUGACUGUUCAUCUGGUUUCAUGUGAAUAGUCUGAUCCCAAAAUGAGCCCUGAACAUAACAUCUGUUGUAAUUCUCAAUCAUAACUCAGAAUUGCUCCUGAGUAGUAUUUCACAGGGUAGGAGACUCUGUAAUUACCAACCUCUUGCAGACUGGAAUCUUACUUCGUUAGGAUUGGUUGUGAGUUUUUUGGCAGGUUUCUUUGUUGUUUGGUUUGAGUUUUUUUAAAUUUUUUUUCAGUCAGCCAGAAUAUUUCCUCAGGUCUUUUAAGUAUGACAAGUACACUGGAUUGUACUUUGCCAUAGACAAAAUUCAGACAGCUGAAGCAGUUUUGGAUCAUGACAAGUUUUGGGUAAAAUACCAAGUGAAAAAAGCAAAGACGGGAUGUGGAAGACUGCUUUUUGUUUUAUUAAGUGAUUACAUACAAGAAAUUGUUCAGUGCUUUGAAAGAUUUAAGUUGUAGUUUGGCAUGAGUUAAAAGCAGAAGAGUUGAUGUGCUGUCAUUCUAAUAGAUGCUUUGAAUAAAACUUGAUUUAAUUUUCAGGUUUAA